AAACGACCUUACAGGGCAGGAUGGCGUUUCCAUUAUCUUUUCCUUUUCAAGCUGUCACGUCCUGCUAUCCUUCUGUCCUACUAUUUAGUGUUAAAAACUCUAAGUCUGAAAAAUGCAUAGACGACCAUUCCUUUAUAAACACCACUUAAUUUACAGUUAACAGAAUCCAGGAUUCUCCUGGUGGUUAGCUAAGAAGCUACGUUACUUGGACAGUUCUUUCAAGUUGCUUGAUGACGGGUUAGCUUACGACAGCUAACUUCGCUAUGUGAGCCAACUAAAUAUCAAAGUGGCGAUAAAAAAAACUCGCUGCACAUCUCUGGUUGGGACUGUCAGUGUUGCAAGUCGCUCUCAUGUGCCCAUGGAGAAGGUGGCCUUUGAGGGGUGGCUGGAGUCAGUCUCUGCCACUUUCCUUACUCUAAAUGACCAGCAGCGCAACCAGUCUCUGGACCACCUCAUAUCUUUAAGUGGUGCUGCCCAGCUCCGUCAUUUGUCUAAUGGAUUGGAGACCCUGCUCAAGCGUGACUUCCUGCGCCUCCUUCCUCUGGAGCUGGCCUUCUACCUGCUGCGCUGGCUGGAUCCUCAGACCCUACUCACCUGCUGCCUGGUCUGUAAGCAAUGGAACAAGGUGAUAAACUCAUGUACAGAGGUGUGGCAGGGAGUGUGUCGGGAGCUGGGCUGGAGGAUUGAUGAGUCCAUUCAGGAUGCAUCACACUGGAAGGGCAUCUACCUGAAGGCCAAACUGCGCAUGAUGCAGCUGAAAGAUCAGGAGGCCUUUGAGACAUCGUCCCUUAUCGGCCACAGUGCUCGAGUAUAUGCUCUCUAUUACAAGGAUGGCCUCCUCUGCACAGGUUCUGAUGACCUCUCUGCCAAAUUGUGGGAUGUACGCACUGGACAGUGCAUUUGUGGAAUUCAGACACACACCUGCGCUACAGUGAAAUUUGAUGAACAGAAGUUGGUGACUGGGUCCUUCGACAAUACUAUUGCAAGCUGGGAGUGGAGCACAGGGGCUAAAAUCCAACAGUUCCGUGGCCACACAGGAGCAGUCUUCAGUGUGGACUAUAAUGAUGAGCUGGAUGUUCUGGUCAGUGGCUCUGCAGAUUUCACUGUGAAGAUCUGGGCAUUGUCUGCUGGUGCCUGUCUCAACACUCUGACUGGACACACUGAGUGGGUCACCAAGGUGAUACUGCAGAAAAGUGAAGUAGAAUCUAUGAUGCACAGCCCUGGUGAUUAUAUUCUGUUAAGUGCUGAUAAAUAUGAAAUCAAGGUCUGGCCUUUAGGCAGAGAAAUCAACUGCAAGUGCUUGAAGACCCUGUCAGUGUCAGAAGACCACAGCAUCAGCCUUCAGCCUCGCCUGCAGUUUGAUGGACGUUACAUCGUCUGUAGCUCUGACCUUGGAGUUUACCAGUGGGACUUUGCCAGUUUUGAGAUUCUCAGGGUGAUAAAAAUGCAGGACCCAGCCAACCUGUCUCUACUCAGCUUUGGCGAGGUGUUUGCGCUCCUUUUCGACAACCACUUCUUGUAUGUGAUGGACCUGAGGACAGAGGCUGUCUCAGGCCGCUGGCCUCUACCUGCAUACAGAAAAUCCAAACGAGGGUCCAGUUUUCUGGCCGGUGUCACUUCCUGGCUUAAUGGCCUGGAUGGGGGUAAUGACUCUGGACUAGUGUUUGCCACCAGCAUGCCCGACCAUAGCAUUCACUUAGUAUUGUGGAAGGAGAACGGAUAGAAAAGAACAAGGACGCCAAACCCUAGACUGCUAGGAUAUGAGCUGCCAUCACUUGUGCUCUGGAAUAUAUGAACCUUAACACUCAAGACAGACGCAUGGACCAAAGCAUUAUGUUUUUUAAUCUGCUUCUUCUGCAGCCUAAAGCCCUCCUCUCAACAAACAUUCACAGAUGGAAAUGGGAGGCAAACUAAGAUGAUGAAACUGUAACUGUUGUGCUAUACAAAGUGCUGGAUUAGCACGUCUUGAUUUCUGCAGAAGCCUCUGAUUAGUCUUCUGAUUUCGACAAAUACAGAAAGAAAAUGGACUUCUUGAAGCCCAAGAUGCAUCAGUGACAACUAAACAAAUCAUCAAAGGUUCUAAGAUAAACAUAACCAUAUAAAUUCUCCUUUAAUUGACUGUCAGUGUUAAUGUUUUGGCAGAUUUGCUCUUUGAGCAGUUUAGCAUUGUGCAGUGAGAAUAUUUGUAGCCAAACUUUAAUCCAUAAUUUAGUAAUAGGAUGCAACUUUUGCCACUAACCUUUUCUUACCAGGAAACGACGGUCAGAAGUGCUGUAGUUGGAGCUUGUCUACUGACAAGAUGGUCACUGAGCUGAUUUGCCAAUUUAUUGGUUUCCUUGAAGAAAAGCAGGGUUGCCUUAAACACAGUCACUGUAAAUAAUGGAGAACAUCUCCUCUGAUAUAAGAUUGUGACAUCAAGGACGAUAUUCCCCAAGAUUUUUACAGACUAUCCCCGAGGAAGCUGUAUACCGAGUUGUAUGGUGAAAAGUGGCUUGGUACACUGUUGUGUACCACGUAAAACAUUGUGAGGUUUCAUGUAAGUCCACUAAAUAUACUUUUCUAAGGGAUGUCUGGUUUAAAUGUCAGCUUGAGAAAUGUGAUGUGCCUUUUCAGUUCAUUUGAUGUUACAGACUAGAUAACUCCAGCACAUUGCAGUAAAUUGAUGACUGCAUUGUAAAAUUUUUAUGUUGACUUUUUCAUAUUUUACUGUGCUCUAACAGUCUAAGAUGUCUGUAAUUUUAUAGCUAUCUACAAGACUUGACUUGCUUAGUGAACUGCUUUGAUAAACCACUGACCGUCUCAAACAUCAGGUCUAUAUUAAAGGCUUCAGUGCAUCACACAGCAGCAGGGGGUGACUUGGCACUUAGCUCUGUGCAAAAUUACUAUUUUACACUUACAUUUAAUUAGAUGGUUUUCUUGUCACUAUUAAACAAUAUGAAACCAUGCCAUUUUUGUUCUGCAUGCAUUUUAACAUUUUGUCUCUGUUUGGUUUUAUGUUUGUACAAAACUGAAACUUUAACCCAGAUUAUUGACUGUCUUCCUUUGCCUUGGCAGGCCACAGAACAGAACGGAUUGAAAUGAAUUGUACCACACCUCAUUUAGUAUAUUAGAAUUUUUUUUUUUAUACAGACCAUAACCUGUUUUUCACAUGGAUUAACUGUACACAGCAGAUGUACCUGUUCCUAGUUUAGACUUUUAAAAUCUCAUUAAAACACCACCAAUAUAACGUAUUCUGUACUGCUGUCGACCGUUGCACCACAUUAUAUCCUCUCAGAAGCACACAGUUAAAAUUGAAAGUCCAUUUUGUAUAUAAAAUUAUACAUUGAAAUAGGCCAGUUUUUGUUCAUUUGCUUCAUGGUUAAUUGCCAUUGUAUUCAAGCACUGCACAGUAUUUUAAUUUAACAAAAUCUUUGGUCACCUGCAUCCCUCUACAAUCAGCUUCAGUAUUGCAGUCUUUCAAAUAAAGUAGCUAAUACAC